CCCCUCUGCAAGAUAAAACCUCUCACCGUGAGCUAAACAUUCUUCUGCCCCCAACGAGAGGAUGGCGUCGACCAGAGCGCUGCUCUCUUCUCACAACGCCCUGCACCUAAUUUCGCCUCUCUCCUCAUCCAUCCAUUUUCGACCUCAAACCCUAACCCUAACCCCUUGCCUUCGCCUCCUCCGCUGUUCCUCUUCUUCCUCCCCGACUCGGUGCCAGCAGGGAAAGGGGCAGGACGAAACCCUAGCCAAGAUGGAGCCUUUCGUCCUCACCACCCCUCUUUAUUACGUCAAUGCCCCUCCUCACAUGGGCAGCGCCUACACCACCAUCGCCGCCGACGCCGUUGCUCGCUUCCAGAGGCUGCUGGGGAAGAGAGUUGUAUUCGUUACAGGUACCGAUGAGCACGGUGAAAAAAUUGCUGCUGCUGCUGAGUCGAACAGCUGUAGCCCCAAGAGCCACUGUGAUGCCGUCUCAAACGCGUACCAAAUGCUUUGGAACGAUCUGGAUAUAGCAUAUGACAAAUUCAUCCGUACUACUGAUCCAAGUCAUGAAGUGGUUGUGAAGGAGUUCUACUCAAGAGUGCUUAAGAAUGGUGACAUUUACCGGGCUAAUUAUGAGGGGCUUUACUGUGUAAAUUGUGAAGAGUACAAGGAUGAGAAAGAACUGCUUGAAGAUAACUGUUGCCCCAUUCACAUGAAGCCUUGUGCACUUCGCAAGGAGGAUAACUACUUUUUUGCCUUAUCAAAGUAUCAGAAGUUGUUGGAAGAACUUCUAGUUAGCAAUCCAGAUUUUGUGAAGCCUUCAUAUCGGCUUAAUGAGGUGCAAAGCUGGAUAAAAAGUGGCUUGAGAGAUUUCUCCAUAUCACGCUCGUCUGUUGCAUGGGGAAUACCUGUACCAAAUGAUGAUAAACAAACUAUUUAUGUCUGGUUUGAUGCUUUGUUAGGAUAUAUUUCCGCACUAAUGGAGGAUGGCGAGAAACCAGCUUUACAAAAGGCUGUUGAUUCUGGCUGGCCUGCUUCGCUACACUUAAUAGGCAAGGACAUUUUACGGUUUCAUGCAGUCUAUUGGCCUGCAAUGUUAAUGUCAGCAGGGAUAAGCCUUCCAAAGAUGGUGUUCGGUCAUGGAUUUUUGACGAAGGAUGGUAUGAAGAUGGGGAAAUCACUGGGAAAUACACUUGAACCAAAGGAUUUGGUGCAUAAGUUUGGUUCAGAUGCUGUUAGGUACUUCUUCUUGAGGGAAGUGGAAUUUGGUAAUGAUGGAGAUUAUUCAGAGGAACGUUUCAUCAAUAUAGUGAAUGCACAUCUUGCAAAUACAAUUGGAAAUCUUCUCAACCGUACCCUUGGACUUUUGAAGAAAAAUUGUCAGUCCACUUUAGCCGUGGAUUCCACUGUCGCAGCAGAAGGAAAUAUGCUCAAGGAUACAGUUGAAAGAUUGGUGGACACUGCCAGACAUCAUUACGAAAAUCUCUCAUUGUCAUCAGCAUGUGAAUCAGUACUAGAGAUAGGUAAUGCUGGUAAUCUCUACAUGGACGAACGUGCUCCGUGGUCGCUCUUUAAGAAAGGAGGUGCUGAUGCUGAAUCAGCUGCAAAGGAUCUUGUCAUCAUACUAGAGGUGAUGAGGAUUAUCGCAGCUGCUUUAUCUCCAGUAACUCCAAGUUUAUGUCUGAGAAUAUACACACAGCUUGGCUUUUCAAAGGAUCAGUUCGAAGUAAUAACAUGGAGUGAUACCAAAUGGGGAGGGCUGAAAGCAGGUGACGUAAUGGCAGAACCAAAGCCAACUUUUGCACGGAUCGAAAUAGUGAAAGGAGAGGAGGAAGUCCCUCGCAAGGCUGUCAAAAGCAAGAAAAAAAUAUCUCAGAGUCAAGGACUUGUUGAGGCUUAGUUUUUUCUUCUUCCAGAUUUGUUGGUUCAUAUCAUGGAUGACUUGCAUUAUUGGAGAUUUUCCUCCAUGUUAUUUUUGAUUUUUAUCUCAUACUGGGUCUAGUAAGUUAAAUGUAAAAUUCUUUUUGUCCAAAGAGAGUUCCUCAAGUAAAUCUCUUUGUAUCAUACCACAAUAAUCUUAUUUUUCUGAGAUUCUUUUUACCAUGAUAUUGAAAGUUUUUCU